AUGAAUUAAAAGAUUACAUCAUCUUUGAUAGUAUUCUUAAUUUGUCUUUCAAUUGUGAAUGCCAAGUCAACGGGGUGCUCUUCAAAAGUGGAGCAGUUGCAACUAUUUCCCACGAAAGGUGAAAAAUUGCGAAUCAAUCUACAUGAUAAUCUAUUUGAGGGAGAGGAUCUCACAUAUGAGUUGCAAGACACAUAUUUUAAAUUAAUUAAUCCUGUACAAAAUACCGGAGGCAGCUCAACUCAUUAUAAACCUGCAUCGAACAUCAGGGCAGCAAAGCCAUAUCACACAAAAAAAAUGCAAUCUUGGUUGAAUUCAUUUGUAUUCUUGGACCAAAACGCACUGGAAGUGUCCAUUUAAUAUUCAGAGGGAACUGCCUUGGACAAAAUUCCAACUCCAGGUUUCGGGACCAAAGUAGUUAUUGCAAAUGUGGUCGAUAAUCUAGAGUGUUAUGACGUAGAAUACAUUGAUAACGAUAAAUUUAUAGUGGAUUGUCAAAAGGAAGUCACAGAGAAGUUAAUCAAAAAAUAAAUUGAUGUGUUCUAUAUUUACUCAAAACAAUCAUAAAAAGUGACAUCGUUUGAAGAUGAAGCAUCAGUCAAAAUCUACAAUUAAAGACGUAUAGGGUUAUAUUACUCAACCAGUGCAUUAGGAAAGGAAACUACUUACAUUGUGAGAGUUACACCAACCUAUUCGUUGGACCCAAAUGAAUAACUCUCUGGAAAUUCAAUCGUAUAAGUUUACACAUUGAGUGACAACUACUAACCCUUGCCUCGUCCAUAUAUUCUAGACAAUGUGACUAUGGCAUUUCUAUUAGGCAAAACUGAUGUAGAACUUUCAAUUGUGGAUUUCGAAAUGACAUACAAUGGAUACAUUUUCCUAUUGGAUGCCCAAUACGGUCUCUUUGUGGUCAAAUUCUAACCAACUGGAAAGUGGGAAUUAUUUGCACAAGCCGACUUUUAAUUAGGCAGAUCCUUUGCUUUCGAUAUCGAUUAUGAACACAAAAAAGAUGGCUCAGAACUUGGCGUAGUUGCAGUUCUUGGAUACAACUUCUUCGCUAUUUUGGAUACAGAAAAAUCUUAUGUUCACAACCUUCCAUUUAUGUAGUUGGAUUACCCAGCCACUAUUAAAAUAUCAUAAGACAAUAUCAUAGUAAGAAGUGACAAGUAGGUUUAUUUCUAUAAACUUGAUGUGGAUACUGACACCAUCUACCUAAACUAUAAGGUGGACAUUCCUUCCACUGAUGUCUUAUUGGUGAAUCCAUAAGAACCAGAUCUGAUCCAAAUUAGUACUUAAAGUUCAAACAGAUACACUAUUUCCAAUGGUUAUUUAGCAUACAACGGAAGUGAUAAGGUCUAAGACAAGAAGGUGGUUGCUAUCAAGGCCAAAGCUCCAAAUAAAUAAGAAUGCUAAGUCUUCCUUUCAUAUCAAAUUAUUGAAGAUAAUGAAAAUUGGAUUUAUCAAUUGUUUGAUAAACCUGUGCCUUUCCCAAAUGUGAUUGCUGAUGGGGAAACUGAUUAAGUUUUGAAAAAAUUAGCAUCUGGACCAAAUCUCUAAUAUAGAUUAGUUAAACCAACUUAAUUGGAAGCCACAAAUAUCAAAGCCACCAUUAGAUCAAGAGUUGAAUUAAGUCUAAAUCAAGAGCUACCCAAAAAUGUAAUUUAUGCAGAGAUUGUAUCAACAGAAGACGAUACUCAAUUCUAUUAAGUUUUGUAGACUCAGGAUUUGAAGGUUCAAAUCUUAAAUUGUGUUCACAAUUCUAUUUAUGUUGAAGAUGCAUUUUGUGAACUCUUAGUAGCAGAUAUAGGAAUCUCAAGCAAAGUCAGUAAACAGAACUUCUCCAUUUGGAACAGACAGGGCAUAAUAUAUUUCAUGUACAUCAGUGAGUAAUACAAUGUUGUGAUUCGAGCAAUUCAUAAUGGUGCAAUAACUCCAGUGAAGACUAUAUCAUUGGAUUCUACAGACACAGCAAACAAGAUUUAAAGUAUUUUAAAUUGUGGAGAUUAUCUUUUGGUUCAUAAGGCCAAUAAUGAAAUCGUAACAUUCUUAAUUUACAGACCAGAACUAUUCGCACUCACAACUUUAAACAAGAAUUCCUUCUCACAAUAUGGUUACAAUGAAGAAUGGGAACCAAAAGCACUCUUCACAAAUAAAAAGUUGCAUCCAAAUAUUCUGUUCAUCUUACACAAAAAUCAUAUCUUGAUGUUGGAUACAGAUUAUGGAAUGUUUUCAUUCAUUAAAACCAUUCCAAUUACUCCAAAUCUAGAUUAUUCAAUUGCUAUUGGAUAAAGUACAUUCUUUGUUGUCCAAGGAAAAUCAGCUCAAGAUGUCUAUGAUGCUUAAAUCUAUGAAUACAACUUUGCAGAAAUCAAUCAUGUCUAUUUGUAGAAGAAAUUGUACUUGUAUUGGUAUGACAUAUCUACUCCAUUGAACGUUGAUUUCAGCGAGGAAACUGGUAAUUUGUUUGUCAGAGGAGUCUGUCUAUAUUGCAGUAAAUCCUUUAUCUUGGUAUUCAAACCCAACACUCCUCAACACGAGGCCUUGGUCUAAGCUUGGGAUAUUGCUGAUGUCGUUAUUCCAGAGACAAAAUCCAUCUUGAUUGCUGCUAAUGGAUUCAAAUAAAACUAUUUAUACUUGAAUGUUGAAGGUGAACAAUCAAUCUUUGCAGUUUACGAUCAAACCACAAUGACUGUUGAAUCAUUCAUCGAUUCGACUAUUUAUUAGGAUACAUAUUCAUUGAAUUUCUAGAUCAGAAACUACAAUUUCCAAGGUAAACCUGAAAAGUUUAACACUGUCGAUAUCACUUAAGAUGUUACCACCAUUAGUACUUUAACCUAAAUCAAUUUGGAUGAAAAUGCCUUCCCUUAUUCAAAAUCAGGAAUACAGAUCUUUUCAACUGAUGAUUAGGCUACUUUUGAUUUGGGUCAAGGUUGGUACUCUGGUUAAAUUGGAGAUUUCGAAAUUGAUUGCGAUCAGUGCGAAACCAAUGUUGAAUUGUAAAGCACUGUUGAUUUACUCAAUCCAAAGAUCUUUAAUGGUUAUGAGAUUAGAGAUCAUGUCAAAUACAAUGAUAAGUUUAAUAUCAUGUAAGCCACAACUGGAUUGAUAUUUGUUAAUCCUGACAACUCAUUGGCCUCAGUCUAUGAUUUCGAUCUCCCCAAUUUCGAAUAUCAAUGCUAUUAAGCCACUGUUUCUGAAGACAAAAUGGUUGUUUACUCAUUGUGUAAUGAUGGAACUGAAUUCACUGUUUAUGCCACCGGAUGCUUUUCCAUCACUGGCUGCUCUCCAUUGGGUGAAAAAUUCAAACUCGGAGUAGCUUCAAAAAUUCAAGUAGUAUCCAAUGAACUCUUGGUUGUUUUGCACACUGAUGCCGAUCAUCCAGAACUUAUUUAGGAUGGCAAAAUCGUUCUAUAUAGAAUUGCUAUGGGAUUAGACAACUGGAAACUUGAAGUCAUUGAAAUCAUCGAUUUGAAUUAUCUUAAUUCUGUAUUGGCAACUCCAUUGGAGGAUUUCAAACCAGCUGAUUUCUAAGUGGUUAAACAAAAAUCCAUAUCAAAUGGCAAAUAUUCUUAUAAAUUGUUCAUCAGUGAUGCAACUAGUGGUUUCAUUUUUAUGGAUUUCUCAUUUUCGGAAUUACCUGAAUAUUAGUUCUUGUCCAUUGAAUCCCUCAACCUCCACGAAUAUUUAAAUAGGCAAGUCGGUCAAUACACACUCCCAACAACUAAAUUCUUAUCAUUCCAAUUCGUUUGGGAUCCGAUCUACGAAUGGAGUUCAGACGAAUUGAGAGUCUACCCUCUGAUUUUGACAUCUGAUGUCUCAUAAUACGGGUUCAAGUUUGUCUUCUCUGCUCAACCUACCUCCAAUACCUUACUCAACAUUAAAGCCUUAUCUGCUGUCAUAGUCAAAUAUGGAGACUGGACUCCAAUGAAUAAACUAGCCAUCCAAAAUCAGAACUUACAAUUAGCCAUUCCAUAUUAUUAAAAAGAUUAAAUUGUUGUAGCCGUCUAUAAUAUAGAUAUAAUUAUAGAAAAUCCAUUCGCUACAGUUGUUCCCACAAUUAGUGUUGGCACCUAUGAAGUAUACUAUUCAGAAGGUCAGUGGUUAAGCCCAUUAAAUCUAGCUGUGUUCUUUUCCAAAAAGGGUUCAAUUCUUUUUGUAUCCCAAUUGUAAGGACCCCUUUAAAGUUACGGAAUCUAUAAAUCACCAAUUUUAACAUUGAAAAACCAAGACAGAGACUUAAAGAGCUAAGAUAUUACACUUUUUGUGAAGAAUAACUUUUAUGAAAACUAUUUAACAUUCAAAUUGUAUGUGCAAGAAGUUGAUAAUCAUGAAUGUACUGCAAAAAUCACAAAUCUCCAAAUUUACCCAUCUACAGGCGAAGUUUUAACAUGGAAUUUGUCAUAAAAUAUUUUCGAUGGUGUUUCUUUGAAAUAUCAUUAAGAAGACACUGAUGAUUUCACAAUCAUACAACCAACUACAUAGAUUGGAUAAUCGAUAGAUCAUAAAUAAGUUGCAACAUAAAUUGUAUCUGCAAAGGCACUGUUGACUUAGAAUGGGGCCUGGUCCAAUCAAUUUGGAUUCUUAAACAAGAUUGGAUCCAAGUAUUAAAUCCUCUAUUCAGACACUCCUGCAAUAAAUGCUGCUCCAUCAUUUAACCAAGUUCUUAAUGUUAAGAAGAUCGAUGCAAAUCUUAAUUGCUUAGACUUCGUACAAUUGUCCGUUACUAGUUUUGUUAUCGAUUGCUAAAUCCAAAAUAAUAAAUUCCUAAUAUUGAUCAAGGAUACCGAUGAAACCUAAACAACCCCAAUUGCAAACACUUAAUUAAAUAGAGCUUUAGGUACAUACAAGAUUAACGAUUUACAAUUUGUCGUAAGAGUUACAUUAUCUAUCACAAAUGAUGGACAAUUAGCCAAUGAUUCAUUUGUCGAACUAUUCUAAUAUGCCAGUGGUUAAUUACAAGCCAAGUAAACCUUAGACAAAUCUAAAUUAUCUACUAUCUAUGGAAAAUAAAUUGAUGAAUUGAAUAUCGUUGAUUUCAAGAUUGGAUUAAAUGGAUCGAUUUAUUUGUUAGAUGCCAAGCUGGGAAUCUUUGUUGUUAACUAUGAUAUAGAUUGGAAGUUCCAAAAAUUGAUCACAUUUAGAUUUGGUCAAACCUUUGCAUUCGACAGAACCAUACUCGAAAAUAAAGAGGAAGCAUUUGUAGUUUAAGGAUAUAAUUACUACAUAGUAAUUGAUUCUAAUGGACAAACCAAAAAGGUGUAAGAUUUGUAAUUCAAUACCAUCACCUACCCCUAAUCCAUAUCAGCAAGUGCCAACUUCGUUUUUGUCAAGCAUUAAUCAUCUUUAUAUGUCUAUCACUCUGAUGACUCUAACACUGGCUUGAUCGAUUUAAUUGAAUCACCCAAUCUUACUGCUAUUGUUAAUCCAUUUAUUCAAGAAAUCGUAACACUUUCUCUUCAAUCCUCUGCCAGAUGGAACAUAAGCUUAGGAUCACUGAAAUUCAAUGGAGUUAAUCAAGCAUCUUAAGGAUUCAAAGACUUAACCAUAAUAGCCACCUCAUAACAUAAAUUGACAUGUUCCACCAGGAUCUAAUAUCAAGUGAUUGAAAGUAGCAGUAAAGCUCCAAUCAAGAAAAAUAAGUCGGAUCAACCAUUCCCAUAAGUUUUCGAUGAUAUCUUUGAAUAGUUCUAAUUGGGUAAUCUAAUUUCGGGUCCAAAUCUUGAAUACAGCUUAUCAUUACCAAAAACGCCACUUGAUUUCAGUGCUUAAGUUGUCUAAAACAGAGAAAUAUAAGUUUCAAAUUGGCCCAAGACACCUUUAUAUAGUACUGAAUUGGUUGGAAAUGAUAGAGAAACUUUGUUCCAAAUUUUCCAGACAUAAGAUAAGAAGUUAACAAUUUCAAUUUGUGUUUUGACUGAUCAUAUUAAAUAUGUUUGCUAAGAUUAUGGAAAUGUUUAGCUUUAAGAAAAAAUAUCUGAUCAACUAUUCAGUAUAUGGUAAGAUAGCGACAACAUUGUGAGAUUCAUUACCAUUUCAACCUCAUAUAAAGUAACAAGUUAUCUAGCUCCAGACGGUAUUGUCAUUGAAGACAAAACAAUAUCAUUCGAAGAAAAGGAGGGUUAAUAAAUAGUAAGUAUCUUAAAUUAAGGAGAAUACUUAUUUAUAUUAUAAAAGAACGGAGUAUUAAAUAGUUAUUAAAGCGAAAAAUUCAGCUUUGUUAAUCAGAUAACUGGAAAUGCUUUGAUUGGAUAUGGUGGAUAAUGGAAGCCAAUUAAAUUGUAUGGUAAUAGAAUGUUAAAAUCAAACAUUGUAUUUGUUUAAAAUGAAAACAAUAUUGCUCUAAUUAAUUACAUUAACACAGAAUUCAUUUUCGUUAAACAAAUGGAUUAUACUUAAAAUACUGAAAUCCACAUUUCAGCCGCUAAAGAUUCAUUCUUUUUUGCAAACGAUAAGGAAAUAUUGGAAUACAAUUAUUCAAACCUUUUGAACAUUUUCAAAUCAAAGACAGUUGAAUUAUUUGGAUACACUAUUGCUACUCCAUUGACUGUUACAUCUUAAUUAUCAACUGGUAAUCUAGUCAUUAAAACAUCCAAAGCAUAAGAUAUCUAUUUAAAUAUAUUUAGACCAUCCCUUACAUAGCAUGAUACAUUCUAUUUAGCAUUUAAAUUAAAUGGUGUUAAAUAAGGAGAUCCAUUUUAAUUGUCUUUAGGAGGUUCUCUAUACAUCAUAACUCUUGCAAAUGGAGAAAAGAUUCAAUAAUUAAACUUUAUUUUAUUGAACCCUGAAUUAAUUGUUAUCCCAAUCAAAAAGCUUUAGAAAUUUGUUUCAAACUUCCAUGUUAUAAUGGAUAUUAUGAAUGGGGAUGACUAAACUUAAAAAGUGCAUUAUGAGUAAGAUAUAAAAGUAGCUAAUACAUUCACAAGUUUGAUAGUUAAUGAUGAAGAAUAUUUAAAAUCAAUCGAAAUAAAUGAAAAUGAUGGAAAAACUGAAGUAGCCAUUAGAUCUGAUUGGAUUGGAGGUUAAAUAAUAAGUACAGAAUUGUCUUAGUAAUCAAUCACUGAUGACAUAACACUUUUACCUUUUGUAAGCCAAGAUUAGGCAGUCUUAAUGGAUUAUUCAAUUUAUGAUGUUGCUAAACCUUAGGCUGUCACCUUUUUGCAAGCUUCAAACACAGUUUUGUCAUUCAAGGGAGACGACUUGAAAAAUGCUCAGCCUGUUUUGACAAAAUUGUCGGAGCACUAUAAAUGCUUCAGAUUAGAAGCCGAUAGCACAAGACUUUAUUCUGUUUGUAAUAAUGGUGUAGAAGAUUAAAUUUAAGUGGCUACUUGUGAUGAUAAAUAGAAAUGUUAAAGAGAAAAUGCUUACAUCUCAGCUCCAUUCGCAACUUAAAUUGCUGCUUUGGCUUAAGAUGUUAUUGUUGUUCUUCAUACUGAUUCAUUGAAUCCUGAAAACUAUGAUGGAUAUAUUACAAUUAGAAAAUUAGUAUAAACUGAUGGAAUCUGGUCAUCCACUACAUUAUUAACCAUUGAUUAUGACUUCAUUAAAUAGAAAUUUGGAGCAUAAGCACCUAAAUAGUUUAGACCAUCUUCAUUUAUCCAUUCACCAACAGGAAACAGUGUAUCUCUCUACUAUUUAUAAUUGAUUAUUACUGAUAGCGUUAAUGGUUUAUUGUUUGUAGAUUUAACUCUUUCAAAGACAACUUCAGAAUUGUAGUAUCAAUUUUCAGAAUAUAAACUUUUGAAAGAUUGGCUAAAUAUUGAUCAAUAUGCUACUGAUGAUACUCAUUAUUAUUAAGCCUAAAUUGUAACAUCAUAAGUUGAAUAUCCUACCAAAAAAACAUUAAAAUUAGCUCUUGUAACUGACAUUUCAUCCUCAUAUGUUUUUGAAUUAGUUUUUGCAAUUCAAGCCAAUGUUUCUUGUAAACUAAGCACAAUAAGAACUAUUUUUGUUUUGAAUAGAUAUGGUAAUUUCAAGGCAUUGAACUAUGUUUCAGCCUCAUCAUCCUCAAUAGCAAUCCCCUAUGUUAAUAACCUAGAGGUGAUCAUUGGAGUUUAUAAGAUUCCAACUGAUCUAUAGAAUGGUGCAGUUUAAACUAUAUAGGGAUCUCACACAUUUGCUCACUUUAAGAAAUAAAUCACUCCUCAAGAUUUCUUAAUUUAUAAUACAGACAGUCUAUUCUUGACAAGUACUACAUAAAUGGGAGUCUAUCAAAAUUAAGUUAGAUAUCAGUAAGUAUUGAAAUUCGGAGAACCUAAAAACUUGCAUAAUCAAAAGUUGACUUUGACAUUUUAGAAUGAUUUUAGAAGAGUAGUCAGAACUAUAGAUUUAUCCAUAAUACCUGUAAAUAAGGAUGAAUGCAAAACCAAGUUGACAGAUCUUAAGAUUUACCCAUCCCAAGGCGAAGUUAUGCAAUGGGCAUUGACUUAAAACUUCUUCGAUGGUGUUUCUCUGAAAUAUAGUGUAGACUAAGCUGACUUUUCAGUAGUUUAACCAUUGACUUAGGUUGGAUAAUCAGUUAAUCAUAUAUAAGUUGCAACAUAAAUUGUAUCUGCAAAGGCACUUUUGACUUAGAAUGGAGCCUGGUCCAAUCAAUUUGGAUUCUUAAAUAACGAUGGAUUAAAAUAUUCAAUUUACUAUUCAGACACUCCUGCAAUAAAUGGAGCUCCAUCUUUUAACCAAGUCCUUAACAUUAAGAAAAUGGUAGAGCAUUCCAUUUGCGGAGACUUUGUGUAGCUAUCUAAAACUGAAUUUGUUGUUGAUUGUUAAAUUAAUGAUAAUAAAAAUUUAAUUUACCUAAAUGGAAAUAUUGAAUUAAAUACAAUUAUGAUUGAAGAUACUUUAAUGAAAAGAUUAUUAGGAUCAUAUCAAAUCAAGGAAGUGAAAUAUGUUGUAAGAGUUGCAUUGUCAAUCACAAGCGAAGGUUAGUUGGCUCAUAAAUCAUACGUGGAAUUGUUUUAAAUAUAAAAUGAUGGCCCUAUACAUUUAGCAACAUUAGAUAAAGCUAAAUUAGCUGAAAUUACUUUCAAGUAAAUAGAUGAAUUGAAUAUCGUCGAUUUCAAGAUUGGAUUAAAUGGAUAAAUUUACUUAUUAGAUGCUAAGAUGGGAAUCUUUGUUGUAUAUUUCGAUAAAGUUUGGAAAUUCUCAAGAUUUAUUGAACAAAAGUUUGGCUAAGCCUUUGCAUUCGAUAGAGCCGUGCUUAGUAAUAAAUAGGAAAUAUUUGCAAUCAAGGGAUACAAUUACUAUGGAAUAAUUAAUAAAGAUGGAAAGAUAAUAAAAAUAUAGGAUCUUCCUUUUGCUAGUGUGACAUAUCCUUAACAGAUUAGAUUAAGUGGCAAAUAUGUGUUUUUACAAAAUCAAGGAAAUCUCUACAUCUACCAUUCUGAUGAGAAUAAUACUGGUCUUAUCGACAUUGUAAAUCUGACAAACUCAGCAGGAAUCGUAAAUCCUAAUAGUUAAGAAAUAGUAACUGUUUCAUUAACAUCCUCAUCAGCUUGGAGCUUUAGUUUGGGAUCCUUGAAAUUCAAUGGAAAUGCAUAAGCAAGUACUAAUUUCAAAGCUGUGACAAUUUAAGCCAAAUCUUAACACAAUCAAAUGUGUUAUUCUAGAAUUUACUAUCAAGUAUUGGCAAGCAAUAGUGAGACUAUCUACAAAAAGGUUGAGACUGAAACACCAUUCCCUAAUGUUUUAGAUGAGAAUGAUGAACAAAUUAAGUUAGGAAGUUUGGUAUCAGGUCCAAAUUUGAUAUAUGAAAUUGUUCAACCAAAAUCACCAUUUGCCUCAAGGUUGAAUCAAUUUUUAGGUGUUGCUGCAGACCCAGAUUUCGAUGUGAACGCUCAAAUUGCACAUUAGAGAUCUAUUCAAGUUACUAACUGGCCAAAGAAAGCAUUGUAUUAGACAUCCUUAGUUGCGAAUAAUUAAGAGACUCUUUUCUAAGUUUUCUAAUAAGAAGACAAGAAGCUUAUUAUUUAUUCUUGUGAAUUGGUUGAUCACGUAAAAUAUGAGUGCAAGGAGUAUGGUAAUUUGUAAGUGCAAGUGCAAUUAUCAGAUUAGAUCUUCAGCAUAUGGUAAGAUUCUGAUAAUGUCGUUCGUUUCAUUACAUUGGAUACACCAUUUAUCAUUAAAUUCUUGGAAAUUAAGAAUAAUAAGACUGUUUAAUAUGGAUCAAUCAAAUUAAAUGAAGCAGAAGAGAAGGAUGAAUUAAAAGCAGUAGCAUUCUAAAAUCAAGGAGAAAAUCUGUUUGUAAUUUAGGAGAGUGGAGUUUUAUCAUCAUAUUCUACUGAGUCUUUCUUAAUUAUCAACUCAAUUACAGGCUAAAACUUGAUUGGAUUCUAAGGAGAAUGGAAACCUAUUAAAUUAUACGGAAAUAGAAUUUUAAGACAAAAUGUUAUUCUUGUUCAAAAUGAGAAUAAUGUCGUGAUUAUCAACUACUAACACCAAGAAUUCAUUUAUGGAUCUAACAUUGCCUAUACCAAAGGCAACUAAAUAUACAUAGCCUAAGCUACUAAUUCAUUGUUCCUUGUCAAUAACAAAGACUUAAGUGAAUACAAUUACGAAUAAGUUAACAAUGUUUUCAAACAAAAGACUGUAGAACUAUUUGGAUAUCAAAUCACACAACCUUUGAGUGUCUCUUCACACUUAAAAACAGGUAUUUUGGUUGUUAGAACUACAAAGAAUGAAAAUGUUUACUUGAAUAUUUACAAACCAGAUCAAUUACAACACGAGACAUUCUAUUUGGCUGUUAAGAUUAAUGGCAAGGUAGAUGAUGCAUUUACAUUAUCUGUAAGUGGAUCAGACCCAGUAGGAUCAGCUUACAUAGUUGCCUUAGCCAAUGGCGAAGCUGUUUAAUAAUUGGAAUUUGUUGUACUUGAUCCAGAAUUGAUUCUUAUACCCAAUAAAUAAAAACAAAAGUAUCUUACUGAUUAUGAAGUUUCAAUCAAUGUUAAGAAUGCUGAUUCAUAAAAUAACAAUAUCCUUCCAUUCACUUAAAAGGUCAAGGUAAUCAAUACAUUCACUAGUUUAAUUGUUGAUGAUACAAAGGCAACUUAAUAAAUUGAAAUUGAAGCCAAGCAAAAUUCAACUGCUGUCAAGUUGACAAAUGGAUGGAUUAGUGGAUAGUAGGCUUAUUGUACAUUAACAUAAGAAAAAGCUAACGAUAUUGUCGUUUAAUCAUAUCUCUACGAAACAAAGAACUCUGCAUUGAAGAAUUAUUAAUUCAAAGACGCUUAAGCCUUCUAAAAGAAUGUUAUCUUUUAAGCUAUGAAUAACGUACUCUUAAUGAAAGACAACAAAUUAGAAGAAAGCACACCUCUUCUUGAGGCAUUAGGUCAAGAAUAUGAUUGCUUCAGAUUAACAUCUUUUGAAAAGUCAAUAUAUUCUGUUUGUAAUAAUGGUGUAGAAGAUUAAAUUUAAGUGGCUACUUGUGAUGAUAAAUAGAAAUGUUAAAGAGAAAAUGCUUACAUCUCAGCUCCAUUCGCAACUUAAAUUGCUGCUUUGGCAUAAGAUAUUAUUGUUGUUCUUCAUACUGAUUCAUUGAAUCCUGAAAACUAUGAUGGAUAUAUUACAAUCAGAAAAUUAGUAUAAACUGAUGGAAUCUGGUCAUCCACUACAUUAUUAACCAUUGAUUAUGACUUCAUUCAAUAGAAGUUGGGAGCAUAAGCACCUAAAUAGUUUAGACCAUCUUCAUUUGUUCAUUCAUUAACUCAUUCUGAUGAUAACUCACUUUCAGUUUAAUUCAUUAUUUCUGAUAGUGUAAAUGGUUUAGCCUUUAUUGAUUUCAGUUUCCCUAAGAAUACAUAUGAGCCCAAAUAUUUAUUCAUGGAGUAUUAGUUACUUUAAAAGUGGCUGAAUGAUAACAAACAUUAUGCUAAUGAUAAUACACAUUACUAUGCUAAUAAAAUUGUUGAAGAAUCCAUCAAGGAGAAAAUCAAGAGCAUCACAUUAGUAGUAGUUACUGAUAAUUCAUCAUCUUAUGUUUUCAAUCUCUAAUUUGCCAUAUUAGACAAUUAAUCAAACAAGUUAACAAAAACAGAAGUUAAAGUGGCUUUGAAUAGAUACGGAACAUGGAAGGCAUUAAACACAGUUGCUGCCAAUAAAUAAUCAGUUGUUGUAGCCUUUUACAAUAAUUCAAAAGUCGUCGUUGGUGUUUAUCACAUCACUGAAAAUGCUAUCUCUGUAAUAAAUGGAUCAUUUUCAUUCACAACACAAGGAGUUUAAAAACUGGAACCAGUUGAUUUCCUCCUUUAUUUACAAGAAUCUUCUUUGAUAGCCAGCAAAGUCAGCAAGGGCUUGUAACAAUAUGAGAUCAGGAACGAUAUCACUUUAAGCUUCGGAGAGAGUGCCAAGUUGGAAAACCAAACCUUAACCAUAACAUUUUCUAAUGAUUACAGAUAAGUGUCGAAAUAAAUUAAAUUGAGUAUCAAACCAGACGAUGGAGGAGAUGAUGAUGAUAGCUCAGGCUCUAAUGCUUGGUGGAUAACCCUUGUAGUUGUUGGAUCCUUAAUCGUACUAGGAUUAAUUGGAUUUUUCUUCUACAAAAAGAGAAAAGACAACGAAGAGGAAUAAGAAGAUUAAGACACUGGAUAUGCACCUCUAAAUUGA